ACGAGCAGUCGUCGUCAAUUUCGACAGACGUUUAGCCUUGUUGAAUGCAGACAGUACGCUGUCUGCCUUUUUACGAUUGACGCGGAAUGAGGCUGAUUUGUCCUCCGAAACACUGUUCAUCUUGUUUCUAACCAUUUCGCUUUCUCGUCGACCAUCAUGUCUAGGCAAGAUAAAGCCACGACUGAGAGAAAUGCUAAAAUUCUCAAAGAUUUGGUCAAGCACUCAGACAAUAAGGUCUGUGCAGAUUGCAAGCGGAACGAUCCUCGUUGGGCAUCAUGGAAUCUAGGUGUCUUCCUGUGCAUUCGCUGUUCAGGCAUCCAUCGUGGCAUGGGAACGCAUAUCAGCCGCGUCAAGUCCGUCGAUCUUGACAUCUGGACACCGGAACAGAUGGAGUCGAUUCAGAAAUGGGGGAAUCGCCGUGCCAACUUGUACUGGGAAUCCCAUCUAAAGUCUGGACAUGUCCCCCCAGACCACAAAAUGGAGUCAUUCAUACGUUCAAAAUAUGAAUCUCGAAGAUGGGCACUUGAUGGACCCCCGCCGUCCGAUCCAUCGAUUCUGGAGACUGAAACUUCGAAUGGACAUGCUUCACAAGCUGCUGAGCAGCCACCCCCUGCGGCUACGCAAUCCUCACGCUCAAUUCACAUAACAAAUGCCAGUAUUUCUGGCGCAAGAUCAGCAUCUCCAAUACUCCAGACCCACAUUACAACACGUCAGCCUCAAUCCCGUCAGUUGCUCUCCUCUGCAAUUGCCGGCAGAGCAAUCAACUCUGAACUCACUAUCGUCACUCCUCCGACAUCUGCUGCACCUCAGCCAACAUUGGCGCAGCCCACCCCUCCAUCUCAAGAUGACCUAUUUUCACUAGACUUCCAUGCACCUGCUCAAAAGGCAACAUCACCACCGCCAUCUAAAGAUAUGAAAUCAGAUAUCAUGUCCCUCUUUUCCUCUGCUCCCGCUGCUGCCCCCAGUCAUUCCAACCUGUCGACAGGUGCCGGUUCCAGUGCUUUUGGCACUUUUGCGUCACCAUCUCAGCCACAAUCAGCAUGGGAUCAACUUGGCAGCGCCCCUCAGACACAGCCUCAGCCAACAAGCAUGAUGGGGACUGGUGGCACUGGUUUGUGGGGCGCCUCUUCUGGCUGGAACGCUACUCCCGUUACACCCUCCCAAAACACACUAUGGGGGAGCUCUGUGACUCCUGCGGCACAACAGCCCCAGUCUCAGGCGACCUCAUUUAACACAAAUGACAUCUGGGGAUCAUCUGUCUCCGCACCCAGUAACGCCAACAACCUUCUUGGCACUUCUCAGGCACAGCCCGCGCCAAAGAAGGACGAUGUAUUCGGGGAUUUGUGGGGUGACUUUAAGUAACAUUGAUUUUGUACUAGAUACAGUUUGAUAGAUGACUAUUCGUUAUACAUUAGUCCCGUGGCCCUUGGUUAACUCGAUGUCCUACGCCGGUAUUAGUUUCAUCGAGGAGAAAUCUAGUUAUAUCUCACCUGCUCAAUAAGAUCACGUGCG